AUGAUAAUAAUAACAAUUGCAGGCCAGCUCAUAUUAUUAUUUUCAGGAGCUGGUGAUGAUACGCGAACUUGGGGGCCACCUUUCGUGGGGACAGAAAGUACAUAUUAUCUCAGUGUUAACCGAAAUAAAAAAAGUAUUGCUGUUAAUAUCAAGGAUCCGAAAGGGGUGAAAAUCAUCAAAGAGCUUGCAGCUGUUUGUGAUGUGUUUGUGGAAAACUAUCUCCCUGGCAAACUGUCUGCAAUGGGCCUGGGAUAUGAAGACAUAGACAAGAUUGCUACUCACAGCAUCUAUUGUUCCAUCACAGGGUAUGGUCAGACAGGUCCAAUUUCUCAGCGAGCUGGUUAUGACACUGUUGCCUCUGCUGUUUCUGGUCUGAUGCACAUCACGGGGCCCGAGGAUGGAGAGCCGGUUCGCCCAGGAGUAGCCAUGACUGAUCUUGCCACAGGCUUAUACGCAUAUGGAGCUAUUAUGGCUGGAUUGAUACAAAAAUACAAAACUGGGAAAGGACUGUUCAUUGAUUGCAACCUACUGUCAUCCCAGGUGGCGUGUUUGUCCCACAUAGCUGCAAAUUAUCUUAUUGGUCAAAAGGAAGCAAAACGUUGGGGUACAGCUCAUGGAAGUAUUGUUCCUUACCAGGCUUUUAAAACCAAGGAUGGCUAUCUUGUAGUUGGAGCAGGAAAUAACCAGCAGUUUGCCACCGUGUGCAAGAUCUUGGAUUUGCCUGAGCUGAUUGAUGACUCCAAGUAUAAAACUAACCACCUUCGGGUACAGAAUAGAAAAGAGCUUAUUAAAAUAUUAUCUGAAAGAUUUGAAGAAGAACUGACCAGCAAGUGGUUACAUCUCUUUGAAGGCAGUGGAGUCCCAUAUGGCCCAAUCAACAACAUUAAGAAUGUAUUUGCAGAACCUCAGGUAUUAUACAAUGGCCUCGUUAUGGAGAUGGAGCAUCCGACUGUGGGCAAGAUUUCCAUCCCAGGCCCAGCUGUUAGAUACAGUAAGUUCAAGAUGUCAGAGGCCAGGCCGCCUCCCCUGCUUGGGCAGCACACAACGCACAUCCUGAAGGAGGUCCUGAGGUAUGAUGACAGGGCCAUCGAGGAGCUGCUCAGUGCUGGAGUGGUGGCCCAACAUGAAACCCACUGACAAAGGAAAAGGGCUCCUCCUCAUAGCCUUAAUCCGAAUACACUGGCAAACGCAACACUAUGCUUGGACCCUUCUCCCCAGUUCUGAUACCACCAAAAAGAAGAUGCAGAGUAACUCCAGAAUUCCUGCAUGGUGUCUCCAGAAUGGGUCUGGUAUUAAUGAAUCUAAUGCCUUUUAAAUGUACCCUACUUUUGCUCCCUAUGACUUUUUUUUCAGAUAACAAUUUAAUUAUGGAUUUGUGGGAUUUUUAAAAAUAAAGAUUUGAAUGUUUUUCUGGAAAAA